GCCAUUGUCAUGUCAAACCGCCCCCUUUAUGUACCAACUCUCUGAUCCUUUACACACAAAGAUAUAUACUUACUUAUUUUCCCUUAAUUCGCUUUCUCCCCCGGCAAAGUUCUCCCGAUUGAGCAUGCUCAUUCUUCCUCUUUUCUUUCUCUUCUUCCACGUCGAGGCACAGUCGCCUUUCAGCCAAGACGACCUACCGUCGACUUCCCAAGAUGUCGGCUCCAAUAUCCAGCCCAGCCUCGCCGUCGUUGUCGGCAUCCUCGCCAUCAUGUUCUCCUUGACUUUCGUCCUCCUCGCCUAUGCAAAACUCUGCCACAGAGGCAUAUUUGAUCAUGCGACUCAUCAAAAUCGGCCGGAUUCUCUCGUCCGGUCAGGCUCUCGAUAUUCUGGAAUCGACAAGACGGUGAUCGAAUCGCUUCCUUUCUUUCGGUUCUCAUCGCUUCGAGGGUCGAGGGAGGGGCUUGAAUGCCCAGUUUGUCUGUCCAAAUUCGAAGAUAUUGAGAUUCUCCGGCUGCUGCCCAAGUGCAAGCAUGCUUUUCACGUAAACUGUGUUGAUCAGUGGCUCGAGAAGCAUUCGAGCUGCCCGCUUUGCCGGCAGAAAGUCGGCGCCGACGACUUGACAUUAUUGACUUUCUCGAACAGUUUGAGGUUCUUGUCGGAGCCGCCGCCGGAUGACUCGAACGUGGAGCUGUUUGUGCAGAUAGAGGAAAACCGGCGAGGAGGGUCUUCAAGAUUCAGCGGCGGCAUCAAUAUUGGCAGCUUUAGGAAAUCCGGUAAGGUUUUGAAGGAAGAAGAAGCUCCAAUCCAAGAAAAUGGCGUAGCUGAUGAUGAUGGUGAAAAUCAGGAAACUUUCCACAAGUUCAAUCACAGGAUCAUUGUUCCUGAUGUGGUGCUCAAGAACAGAUGGAGCAACGUAAGCUCCUCGGACCUCAUGUUUCUGAAUUCGGAGAUGCUUGGCGCCAAGUCAAAUAACCGAUUUUCUUCCAUCCAUCGAAACGAUGAGCAGUUGGUGAAGAUUAAGGCAGAUAUGGAGAUGAAAAGUGCGUCCGAGAAGAAGAUUCAUUCGUUCACUGAUGAUCAUCAAUCAAAAGCCAAUUCGAGUUACGCAUCGAGAGUUUUGAGUCCAAACGAUAAGAGAUCGAUGUCAGAGAUCACAGUUCAUCCAAGAUUCACAGAGGUCAGAUAUUCUUCUUCUCUUGGUGAUGAAAAUGGAGCCAUGGAGGAAAGAAUGAAGAGGCUAUGGCUUCCAAUAGCCCGGAGAACAGUUCAAUGGUUUGCCAAUAGAGAAAACCGGCCUCACAACACAAGACAAUCAUUGAAUGUAUAAAAGUAAAUUAAAGCUGGGUUUUUUUUUUUUUUUUUCCUUUUUGGUUUUGUCUUGAUGAGAUACAGGAACAGACAUCCUGUGUUUGGUUUGAUUAUUCCGAUGAUUUUACAUGAAACAGGUUCUGAACAUGCUUGUCAGUAUUGAUGGUCUCAUAAUGCAGAGCAGAGAUUUUGUAGA